CGUGGGAAUUUCAAUGCGAGGGCGAGAGAGGCGGUGUGGCGGCGAACGCAUAAACAGACGGCGGAGAGAGCGCAGAGGUAGCGAGAAGACAGCGCAGAGACAGCGAGGAGAGGGCGGAGACAGCGGAGAGAGAGAGGGGAGAUAGAGAGCGGAGAGAGAGCGAAGAGAGAGAAGCUUCCCGCCCUUCGCUGCAGCUCGCUCACAACAAGCUUCACUAAACCACCGCGGCUUUAUCGGCCACCGCCAAGUCAAGCGCCGCGUUCCUCCUUCUCUCUCUCGUCCGCUAACGCCGGGCCCGUGUGGCGAGUGAGCAGGAGAUGUCGGAUCCGCAGGGCGAUGCGCAGCCUAAGGACAAGGAGAACCAGCGAGUACCGCUGGAACAGAUUGAAGAGGCCAAGCUGAGAGCCAAGUACCCCCAGCUGGGACCGAAGACUGGGGGCUCUGCCUUCCUCAUGAAGCGUCUACACAAAGGGCAACAAAAGUACUUCGACUCCGGCGACUACAACAUGUACAAGGCGAACCAGAAGAAUAAAGCGGUGGCGGCUGCGGCGGCGGCGGCCGCAAACAGCGAGCCUGCGUGCGACGCCGGGCCCGAGAAGGAGCCCGUAACGGGAGACCACAUCCCCACGCCGCAGGAUCUGCCACAGCGCAAGCCCUCGCUGGUCGCCAGCAAGCUGCUGGGUUGAACGCACCACGUGCUGCCGCCUCGCCUCGCCCGCCCGCCCCACGCACGCACACUCUCACUCGCUCGUACCCUCGUCUGCCCCCCAUCUGACUCGCGAGGCUUUGGGGUUUACUGUAGGAUGCUAGGGGUGUUGAAACUCGCGCGCGCACGCACACCAUUGCAUACAACCGUCCCGUUUGGACGUCCCCUGUCUACUCGAUACAGGUUGUAGGGGAUAAAUGUGCUGCACACGAGUACACACUGGUACAUAGGUGCUUAUACACGUGUGUACCCCACGUGCAAGUGUGUACUGCACGUGUGCAUAUGUGUAUCUUGGCAAAAUUUAAUUGAACCUCAUUUUAAUUAGCAAAGUGAAUUCUGCUGGGUUGUCCAAUUUUUCGCACUAAUUACAGAUGAUCUGGUAAUGGAGUGACUGGUCGUUUUUGUCAUUCGCCAUUGGCUGCUCGUUCUGCAUUGAACACUCUUGACUAAUGAAGUGCAGCAGCUUUUGUAAUUAACAUUUUUUUUCGUUUAACAUUUAUCCUUUUCUGAAUAAUAAUUGUCUGUCUUCACUUUUAAAGGCCUAUUUUGCGUUCAUUGCAGCCUUAUUUGUGAAGUGGUGAUUUAAAAGCAGUCGUUCUCAUCUCUGCGAUGCUCCGGAACCAAAAUCCAUUCCAGAUUUUCACCUCUCCCGUUUAGCAGAGUCAGAAUGCACAUUGCAUGAUCAAUAAUACGGCUGAAUGAGGAUGAGUCGCUGAACACGGGAGAGCUGAAAUGGAUUCUGCUUCCAACGAGUGAAACUUGAGAAUUUCCGGUUGAAAACGUGACGUCUCAGACACAGAAACAGAAUGCAGCGUUGUGACUCGCAGUGUAAGUUGUAAAGAAAAAAUUAGGCCUUAAGUUUCCAGCAUUUGUCCCCAUGUGCCUUCAAUGAAGGCCUCAUACAAUUCAGGUGCAAACCCGUUGUUUUUUAAUUUGCGGCAGGGAACACGUUUCUGUUGUGAAGAAUACCGUUGCAGUGAGAUGCACAUGGCUACAGCACUGGGCUGCAGGCACACAAUACGGGCAGUCCACUGCAGUGGAGAGCUCGAUUGUACAAAUUCCAAACGGAGUUGAAUUUAUUCCAAUGAUUCCGUGAGCCCAGACUAGAUAUCUCACUUCUUGGUACCGCUUGAGGUGUCGUAGCUUUAGUGAUACAAAUGUCUUGGCCAUUAAUAAUGGAUUGUGUAAUAACUAUUUGAAAUGAGUAGGUUAUAAAACAAUUCACUCUUAUUAGCCAUAUAAUACAAUCUGUACAAAUAAAGUGUGGUGCCUGAGGUGGUACCAAUAUUUGCUCCGGCCCAUGAACUAAUUUGAAAAGCUGUGUGUUGAGGAGUUGCAUGAUCAAACCGAAUCUCAUAAUAAGAGAUUUCUGACACUACUGUCAAAUGCAUUCUAUAAUUCUAUAAUGUUAGCAAAAUGGGAAAAUGUUCUCGGGUUUUCAAAAUGUGGAUUUGGCACCUGAGAAACGGCACGGUGCAAUUGCGACCUACCCCAACUUAGAAGGUCCCCUUGAGGCUUGUUUAGUCUUCUCUGUCUGCUGUCUAGCCUCAACUGAGCCAAAGAGCCACCCACAGCCCCUGCGUAUCGCCGUCUCGCAUUGUGGGAGCAGGCCUGCCAUUGCCAUGUGGCGCAUCAUCGAGUGGUGGUUGACCGAAAGGUUAAAGUUUAAGCGUGGAUUCAUUUUCCUAUUUGGGGUUGCUUUAUUCGGCGUUUCUUAAGCUUUUGCCACGCACGACUGCGGCCGUCUUCAGGAGUUGAAGUGCUCGCAAAAGUGCACUUGGAUUAUAAGUUGCUGCGAAAAGGUAAAUGUUUAAAAGGUUAAGGUUGGUAAAAAAAAAAUACAAUGGACAGUGAAAAUAUCAGGAGGUAAUAAAGACUUAGCAUUAUCACUGUUUAUCGAAUACACCUGCAAAUGUACAUUCUGCAGCAACGUGAGGUUUAAUUACUAUAAAAUAUACAUUUCCACGCAUACAGCGAUGUAAUGUAAGCAUGCAUGACGAUUCAUAUUUUUUCAGAAUGUUGCAGUGGGGUGGGGGGGGUGAUCUCAACAUUCAUACGUUGUAAAUAUUUGCGGCGUGCCUCGUGGCUGAUGUCCCCGCAAGGCGACGCUGAACAGGCAGGGCCCUCCAGUCUCGUGACGUCGCUAGUCCGUGACGUCACAAUUACUCCAGGCACACCAGACGGGUUGGGCAGUCGCGCAUCAACAUUCGUGAGCAGCCCCCCCCCCCCCCCCCCCCGUAGCUUCGUGCCCACCUUUCACGCCGGGGGGGGGUCAAUUGUUCUGGUCGAGAAUUCUGCAUCGCAUGAAACUGAUAACCUUUCCAUCGUGGUAACCCUCUUGCAGCUCCUUGAGAGGUAUAACACACGCAAGGUAAUUGGUUACGUGUGGUGGCGGUUUUCUAAAGACGCUGCUUCUUAAGGAGGACUUGAAAUCAAACAUUUAGGUUGUGUUCAAUCUGAAGCCGGUGUUUCAAAAACACGUUCCUUCGGAGUGGGCAGGUUGGAACUUGGUUGGACAGCGCAUUCGUGCACGACAGACAGACGAUCCCUGGUGGGCAGUGUGGAACCUGUUCCUACCUGUAUUACCUUUUAGGGGAUUGAUUUAAACAUUUGUAAGGGAAGCUUUGGGAAAUAUGGUUGUGUUGGAACGUGUCAUUGUAUAUGUUUAAACUUUAACUGUGAGCAGUUUGCAGCUCCGGCUUUAUGAUACACCGUCACCUAAAUUUGCUCGUGAUAGCCACACGGUCAUUAUUACCUCCUUCAUAGCACACUUUGGUGAUUCCACGCGAAUAUAAACAGGACAUAGAGGUGGCUGGGUGCCUCGGGGGGGAGGGUGAAUGUUAGCACCGUAGCCGGCACAUCUGGAAUCAUGGGUGUGGAUGUGGACAACCACCUCUGAACAACCCCAGCUUUUCAGAGGUUGCAAAUUAACGUCCUCUGUCUUCUCACCGAUGACCGGACACAGAUGGAAAUGUCCUGCUAUGACUCGACUCAAAUUUCACAACUGGAGUGUAGUUGAAGGUGGGGGGAGGGGUGAGAUAAAAUUAAGAAAAAAAACAAUUGGUUGAAAAUGUUACUUUUUAAGCCCAUGUUGAACGGGUUUGUGGUGAGUACACAUACAGCGCGAUGUGCUUUGGUCAAUUCGGAUUUGAGGCGUGAUACCAUGCUGUUUAGCGUUCAGUUGUAAACGGUGAAGCCGACGUACGGUGUCCAUAAGGAUGCGCAACUAUCCAUAGGACUACCCGACUGCCAAUUCGAGCUGCUUUUCACAGCCCAUGUUAAGCAGGUGAGCAGAGAGCAUAGAUCGAUGAGCUCAUUAACUUUCACGUUCGACGACUUCAAGCAGCAUGGUUAAACCGCCAUAACCCUUGACCUAGCCAAUGCUAAUAUGUAACGUAUUUAGCUUGUUUUUAUCAAUGGAUCAUUUCAAUUAAACCGCUGCAAAGCAAGUUUUGCAUGAAAAAUGUCGAUGUAAUAGAUGAAGGUGCAACAGUUUUAAAUUGGCAUGUGUCCUGUUUAGGACCUUCAUUUUGACAACUCGUACACUGGAAUCCACCUUACAGUGUGGCACUCCACACAAUGUGUACAUUUUGACAUUCCUUGCCCAGGAAAUUCUGAGUGGUCACCGGUCUUUCAAGAGGUUUCUGCUUGGGAAGUUUCGCCCCGUCCAUAUUUUUAUGCUUAUGCUCGUCGAAUAAAACCCGAGUGUCUGGAGGUAAUCGACAAACUGCGGAGGAAUCGCCUCCUGCCAUCAAUGUACUUGCUGUGCUGCCUCCUGUGGGCCUCUUGCUUCUCCAUCUGUGUGGUCCACCAACUCUGCCUCCCAAGUCUCUACUACAGGCGUAUACCACCACAUUUGCCUUGCCAGUACUGGAAGACUGUGGCGUGUCGGCUGUGAUGUUUAGUUCCGUCUGUGUAACGCAAAGACAUUAACGGAUUGAAGCCGUCAGUUUAGUGUGUGUGUGUAAGCGUGCGUUGUGGAAGAAAAAGUUAAUUCUGUGUUGCCUAAAGAGUUCUGGGAAUAAUUAUGGGUGCACUGAAUCGGACUUGCUAUCUUGCCGAAUAUAUUAGUUGAUAUCUGACCCGGUUUGAAUUUGAAACCAAAUAAAGUUUUUAUAUAUACACAAAAAACAAACUCGCGUAACAUACACUGAUAAAUAAUGUAGAAUGUAAAUGCUGCAAUGAGACGAAACAUUUUAAAAGCGCGUGUUUAAAUGGGAUCAUGCAGAUAAUACAGGUUUAGGGGUGACUUAGACUAAUUGAGUGGGAUGGUAACAAAGGCGGAUAAAAAUGUCAAUAUUGAAUAUGUACUUACAUUUUUUAUAUUUACAUCGAGUAAUAGAUACCCAAAUAGCAAAAAUAUUACCGGAUACUGGCUCGAUCUAAAAUCAAACUGUAUAUUCGGUGUACCCCGAGUGAGAUGUUGUAUAGCAGGUGAUAAAACGACGACUUGAGCCGAGUCUGUUCCAUCAUGAGUGGCCGGAUAGCUUUGUGGUUAAAACUUCGCUGUCGCUUAAAUUAAACACUCGCAGGCCACUCGGCGCCAUUCACAAAUGCAAACCUUUGACAAGUAACCCAAAUCACAAAAUGUUACCAUGAACAAAUAUCAAUGACGGGAACUAUUCCUCUAACUACAUUUGCCAUAGUCUCUCAAAUGAGCUCGGUGAGAAUUGUUGCAGUAAGCCUCGUACAAUGGCGAUGGUCGGCGUGGUCCUGCAUUGUGUGAUCAGUUGCUUAAUGCCAUAUGGUUGUAACCCCCAAUAAGAUGAAAAAAGAUAUCCACCUGCACUUUAGAAGAAUGGGAUACAGCUAAGAUAUAUGGAAGCCAUGUUUUCAAAGUCUAAAGAUAUUUUUGUUAUCACGUUUGAGAACAUUGAAUGGAAUCAAUCUUAAGACUGCUCUAAUGGCCACGCUUGAAACUUCAUGAAAAUUCACGCUGGUAGAUAUCAAUUCCUUUUAACUAGUUAAUGACCAUUUUCGCUCAUUGCAGAAGAGACGAAUGACCAUGUCGCUUUGAAACACUUCUUAAAUUGAGUUCAUUUUAAUAAGUCCGGGUAAGAGUCCUAAAAACCCAUAAGAAUCUUGUCCCAUGGAGGCUUGGAAAAAAGAUUUUUCUUAAUGUUAUUUGCCAGUAGAAUUUGACACUGCCAACACAGUCGACUAUUUCUAGGAACCGGUAAUGGAGAUUAUUUGUAACAUCCAAUCUACAAAAAACGGACAAUACCAGGGUCUUGUGGAAAUUGAAGUGAUGAUCCAUACAAUUCGGCACAGUGGCGAGCAAUUCUUCCCACUAAGCCUCCCAGCCACCUAUAUGUUCCUGUGUAUCCAUGUGUGUGCAGCAUAUAUUGGGACGAAAACAAGCCUGGAGGAUCUUUUAUUUUUUUUUCUGUUAAAAUUUAUUAACGUUUUAUAGCAAGAGGAUGCAUCGUAGUAUUUUCAAAACUAUGAUUUCGUUUGACUUGUCAAAGUGUGUAGAAGUGUUGUGAAUUGAAGUGGCUUUAUGUUGUCACCUUUCCAUAGCAAGACCCCUUUUUGUGUCUUUCUGUUGCGGACAUGUUGAUGUGUUGGUGUCUUGAGUAAAACAGACGCUUGCCCCAAUUAGGCGUUUCCUUCCUUACAGCUGUGGAGAUGUGAUGGUGUGCUCUAAGACUUGUAACGAUAGUUCCUUCUGUUCGUAACAUCUUAGGCUCAAGGCCUUCCCUCUCUAAUAUCUCACCUGCCUUGCAAUGAACAUUCCAGUCUCGGCUUUGCAUUUCGCAAAUGUAUACAUUCAAGGUGUCAAAUGACUAAGCAUUGUGGCGAGACUUUAUAAAACAAGAAAGAAUGGGCUUUUCCAUUAAGCUUGGUAUUGUCAAAUGAUGAACAAAUGAAACCGUCAUUGAUGAUCUUAAAGACGUUAUGUUUAUAGCAGGUGAAACAGUGGGAGUGCUGUCUAUAGAUUGGCAAAAAAACAAAUCGGUUUGUAUAAAACCUGCAACAUUUAAAGAUCGUGCUACAAGUCUGGUGCUGACAUUAAAUGACGAAAGAGUUACUCGAAGUUUGCCAGCCACCCUUAUCACUAAUUUUUGAAGUGCCUGAAAUAUAUUGGCUUUCUUAUGCCCAGUGUCAUGUGCCGUUACAGUCCAAUAUUAAAACAAAAAGUGUUUGUGACGAGCAUGUAUGAGCAUCAACAAGACCCCGACAGGAGUGAUGUGGCUACAAAAGAAAAGCUCUUUCACCUUAAGCACAAACAGCUAAGAGGCAAAACGAAACAUAAAUGAGUGAUAAGGUUUGGUAACUGAUGGUUGCCAAGUCAAAUUAUAUAGCACGAGUUAACUUUUUAAUGACUGACAGUGUGUGAAAUAAUCUCUUGGUAAGUUUGACACCCUAUGUUUACACACGUCUUUAGCACAAUCUUACAUACGUUAUUGGGCAGGCAAAUGUAUCAUUACUGUUGUACCCUUUCAAUGUUGUCUCUUCAUUCUUAAUGUGUUUUCUCAUUGCAGUAUAUUGGUUCAAAUAACUUGUUACCCAUUUUAAAGCACGACGUUAGUAUAAUGCGUCGUGAGGAAUUUUAGAUUGUUGACAGUAGCCACUACGCCUUGCUUCUGCUAUAAAGAUAAUUGGUCCAUCAUGGAAUUGGUUGUUUAGGUUCUUGCUUAAAGACUCAUGUCAUAGUUCACUGCUUGACCGUGACUGAUUUGAUUCUGCCUACCUUCAACAAAGUAAUGACGUAAAUACCUCCUUUAUGUUAAACGAGAAGGGAAUCAAUGUAAGCAUCGGUAUGUUUCAACACGUUUCAUACGCGCUCAUUUCGUCUUAUGUUCAAAGGUAAUAGUGAGCGGUUCCCCACAAACUUAACAUUUUUAGCUGAGAGAUUUAUAGUAACCGUUGGAUAUGCUAUUCUGUCAAACAUUUUUAUAGCUUUCAUUUUUAACUGUAAUUGUUUAUGCAUUAUAGAUGUCGCGUGUAUUUGUCUUAGCCAGUAACUUGGACAUAAUGAACACACUCGUUGGAGUUUUGUCGAGGAAUGUCAUUGAAAGAAAUGUCACCCAGUGAGAUAAUGUGGUCUGUCAAGGUUUUCCAAAAUGCACCCUCUCAUUAGAGCAAGAAAAUUGGUAAAGUUGUCCGCACCCGCAUUGGCUUAGAUCGCAGGCUCUCGUUUGGAAAGAAACAUAACCAUAGGGAGAGAGGCUCUCGUUUAGAUGGCUACAGUUUUGAAAUAUCCCCAGUCUUACAAAUGAGACAAGUAUGCUUAUUUAUUAAGUGUAGGAAUAAGUAAUGGAUGUUCCUCGGUAGGUUUGUGAUCUGCUUUUUUCCACCGCUUGCACAUUUUUUUGGCAAAAAUAUGGGUGUUGUGACAAUGUUGUCAAAAUAUUCAAGCGAAUUAUUUGUUCCCCUUGGGUGGUGCCAAUUUCACGAUUUUUUUGUACUCCCUAAAGUUUAAAUAGCCUUGUUUUAAAUGUCUCAUUCGGCAAAUCCAAAUGGAAAUAUUGUUAGAUGGCAAGUUUUCAAUAAAAUGUUGUGCUCUAUAUCAAUGUGGGAAAAAUCAGUUUGUAAUCUACUGGUAGAUUACAUAGCAUCCGACCAGCUUAGGUUGCAAAUGAAACAGAGCUGAUGGAUUUAAACGCUUACCUUUAGUGACAAUAGUUGGGAGAUGGUGCCUCCAACCUCAUUCGUAAAAUUAUUAACUCACUGCUUGAGCUUUUGAGCAUUUGAAUUUGCUAAUCGCAUUCCGUCAAAAUGGGUGCACAUUUGGCUUUUCGCAAUGCCUGUUUUUAUUUAGGACUGGCAGUUGAUUUCAUUGGAGUAGUAGUGAAACCAGAAGAUAUAAACGAGCAUAUGCCAGCUGCCGUGUUUCUUGAGGGAGCCACAGUGGCAGAGUAAAAUUUUUGAGAGAGAUGCAUGGAUGUGGUGUGUUGUGCCUGUACAGCAGAACUGUUCUUGGCGUGUGUCCAGCAUGGCUUGUAAAUAAACUUUUAUUACUGGGAACGCA